CNAGAGCAUGUGGAUGAGAAGUCGUGGAAGGAGCUUUUCGUGGAGAGGGAAUUCCGUAGUAAAACAUUCAUGGGACGCUAUAGUAUCGAUACAUUGCAUGGUCAUACUGAGGCUGUUAGAACUGUUGUUGUUUUAUCUUCAAAGAAGCUUGUGUUUACUUCAGGGUAUGAUCAGAUAGUAAGAAUGUGGGACCUGGAAGAAGGUUUAUCCAUUGCAUCAUCUCGCCCUCUUGGCUGCACAAUUCGUGCAGUUGCAGCUGAUUCAAGGCUCUUAGUGGCAGGGGGUACAGAAGGAUUUAUACAUGGCUGGAGAGCAGAGGAUGGAAAUCCACAUCUCUUUGAUCUUCGAUCACCUCAGAACCAGAACAUGGAAUUCAGAGUUUGGAAACAUGAAGGCCCAAUAACAUGUCUUGCAUUGGAUUUAAAUAAGAUGUACAGUGGUUCAUGGGACAUGAGCAUACGUGUUUGGGAUCGAUCUUCUUUGAAAUGUUUGGAAGUUUUAAUGCAUAAUGACUGGGUUUGGAGCCUUUCUCCCUAUGAUACAACAGUGUCGAGCACUGCAGGUUCAGAUCUUUAUGUCUGGGACACUAAUAGCGGAUCAAAACUUGCUAUUGUCACCAAUGUUCAUGCUGGUGAUGCUUUUUCUUUGGCGCGAAGUCUCACAGGGAAGCUCCUAUUCAGUGGAGGGGAAGAUGGAGCUAUACACAUGUUUGAGAUCAUUAGAAAUGUUAAGUUUCAUGUCAGGCAUGUAGCAACAUGGAUUCCUCACUCUGGUGCUGUUUAUUCUCUUGCAUUUGAGUUCCCUUGGCUUGUUUCAGCUUCUAGUGAUGGAAAAUUAUCACUUAUUGAUGUGAGAAAGCUGUUGAGGACAAAGCGGAGUUAUGUGAUGGAGAAGCCUUCAAAGAUUAACAAUUGCGUUAAAAAUGUAGAGCCACCUCAAAGAAUGCUACAUGGAUUUGGAAGCAAUCUGUUUGCUGUUGAUGUUGGUCCUGAUCGUAUUGUGUGUGCUGGAGAAGAAGGUGUUGUUAGGAUCUGGAACUUCUCAGAAGCUUUGGAGAUUGAGCAGAGAGUUAGAGCAUUAAGAGGACUAAGGUUAGAGAACAGAAUGAGGAGGCGUAAACUUCAGUCUGUAAUGACUGGUAAAGGUAGUCGCGCUGAUCAGUGCUCAGUUGCUGCUAAGAAGUAUCAAAUGAAUGAUGAUAGGAACAGCUGGCGCAACAAACGUAGGUUGACUGGGAAGGUGAAGGUCUAGAAAUUAUUGCAGUUUGUCAAUAAUUUCUAAAUAUGCUUUGCUGAUAGGUAAUCAUAUUUAAUGUUCAAGUAGUUUAUGUAGUUUUACCCAUUUCUCAUUUGCAUUGCCAUUUAAAUUGAAGGAACAAACUGUUCCCUUUGACGGCUCUUUCCUUAUUUGGUUGAUUUCCUGGUGUCUUAUCAUUUAUCAAGGGCAUACCAAUGCCAAUUCUUGAUAUAUUUAGAAUGCAAAAAUGCUUUUUUUCUGA